UCCAGUUAUGAAUCUCGUUUGUUGCAUAAUUCGAUAUUAUCAAACUCACUCUUAUAUAGUUCAGAAGAUUAAAACAAAAUACGUAAUUAUCAGUAGUGCUUUUCACAGUGAUACAAUGCAAAUAUUUCAUCCGAGAAAUGAACCACGUGAAAAAUCGAUUAGCGAUAGUGAACAAAAUAAGGUUACGAAUUAUUUCCGGUCCAAAGAAGCUGGAGGCGAUAUUGUUAACUUGAGAGAAUUACUAAAGAAUACAUUCGAUGCAAAAGUUAGGUUCUGUAGUUUUGAGCUCUCGCCGGUAAAAAAUAAUGAUUUUUAUCAGAGGUUUUUUACAGAAAUGAAUAAUUAUCACCCACUUUUUUAUGCGCUAACAUGGCAUAUGGAAAAUACGACAAAAGAUUGUCUAUCUUUAAAGUCGAUUGAUCAAUUUCCAAGUAAUACAAUUUUGCAUCUAAUUGUUGGUAACAUGACUCGCACCGAAGUACUAAUUAUUCUAAAGAAAAUAUUAAAAUGUGGCGUGACCAAUAUUUUUGCAUUAAAGGGAGAUUCUACAAUCGUAAAUACUGACUUUCCACAUGCCGUAGAUUUAGUGCGUUUUAUAAGAAGUGAAUUUGGGGAUAUAUUUUGUAUAUGUGUUGCUGGCUAUCCUGAAAUGCAUCCAAAUUCGUCGUCUAAGGAAUUAGAUUUGUUACAUUUGAAAGAAAAAAUUGAUGCUGGCGCUGAUUUCAUUAUAACUCAAGUCGUUUUUGAAGCAAAUGUUUUUAUUAAGUUCGUAAAUGAUUGUAAAGAAAUUGGAAUCAAUGUUCCGAUUAUUCCUGGUAUUUUAUCAAUCCCUAAUUAUGCCUCUCUCGAAAAAAUGUCAAAAAUUUGUAAUUUUAAAGUACCACAGAAUAUUUUAGAUAUUUUACAACCUAUAAAAGACAAUAACGAUGAAGUACAUAACUAUGGAAUAAAACUAGUUACGAACAUUAUUAACGAUAUCUUUGCAAGUGAAACUACUUAUGGCUUUCAUUUGUUCACAUUAAACAGGACUUUAUUAUCAACGGAAAUAUGUAACAAAUUAAAUAUUUUCCAAUAAUUUUUCGAAAAUAGAAAAAAUGAUUACGAUGAAAGAGAAAAUGGAAAUUACAAGAGCUUGUAUAUUAAACUUGUGUAAAUUCAAGAAAUAAACAUAAUCGUA